AUUAUCAACCCGCACAGCCAACCUUACGGACGAGAGGUGUGCUCUCUAGACGCCUACGCAAGACAAGAGAAAGCUAGAGGGGAUUUCCAUGCAAAGAUAGCACUGAUCUGCCAUGUCUCAAACGUUAGGCAAGACUCGUCUUGCCUACUCCCGGACAUGGCAUUAUAUCGAUGUCGGAAGUGACACACGCUCCCUAGGUCGAGUCGCAACCUCAAUAGCGACGUUCCUGAUGGGCAAGCACAAGCCGAUAUGGGAUCCGUCAACAGACUGCGGCGACUAUGUGGUCGCAAUCGGGUGCCACGAUUUGCACGUCACCGGCAAGAAAAGAGAACAGAAACAGUACUACACACACAACACACGGCCAGGUAGUCUGAAACAGAUGAGCAUGGAGCGGAUGAUUCAGAAAUGGGGAGGUGGAGAAGUGCUGAAGAAGGCGGUCCGAGGUAUGCUACCGAAGAACAGACUUAGGGAUAAGAGGUUGGCACGAUUAAAGGUCUUCGAGGGUACGGCGCAUCCCUACAAGCAGAACAUCGUCAGGUUUGCCGGGAAACCGCAUAUACCAGGUAAAGUCAUGGAGGCAAUCGAGGCGACCAAAUCAGCGGCGCCUCCGUCAUGACGAGCAGGAAACCACCUUUGGCGUUCAAGCGAAAUGAAGGAUUCUGAGAGGUGUUUGAAUAUGAUUGUACAUUACGCUGUCUACAUACGUCGGAGCGACGUUUCCAUCUACAGAUCUCCAGCAAACUCCAUUCAUCGUCUUCGUGAUUUGGUAUAUGGCGCAUAUCUGGAGAAACCAAAAACAUGUUACAA